AUGGCAAAAGAACAACCGUUUGAGCAAUUCUCCGAGGAGGAAGAGGCCACCUCCUCCGAGGAGUCAGAACUCGAGGAGGAAGUCCCCCGCCAACGCAAACCGAAGCCCGUGUUCGACGAAAAGGAUUCCGAUGAAGAGGAGCUCGAGAAGCUGGUGCUGGGAGGCAAGGCCGAUUUCCGCGAACAGCUCUUCCGCAACGAUGUGCUCGGCGAUAUCGAACGACUCGAGAGAGAAAAGAACCUCCAGCUCACCAAGCCGGACGACGAGCCCACACUAGAGGAAGUCGCCGACCACGAUCUCUUCUUCCUCGACACCGGAGUCCCCGCGGGCGGCGCAAAGGCGAGCGGCAAGCAAGAGGCAGCGGCCGUUGACGAGAAUGCGCCCGCGUGGGAGGACAGCGAUGACGAGCGAUUGACCGUUUCCUUGGCGGCGGCGACGAGGUUACGAAAGCUGCGCAUCACCGAGGCCGAGGACAUGGUCAGCGGCGCAGAGUACAGCAGAAGACUGAGACAGCAGUUUGUCCGCCUCAACCCGCUGCCAAAGUGGGCGCAAGAGCCGUCGUCCGAGGGAAGGCCCGCAAAGAGGAGAAGACGCUCCUCGGCCGCCGCCUCCGACUCCUCCAUCAGCUCCGACGAAGAAGGCAGCGAUACAGACCUCUCCGCGGCGCCCCUCGAGAAGUUCAUGCGCGACGUCCACCGCCUCGCCGGCAAAGGCGCCGCCAACGGCGGCAAAGCCCGCCUCCGGCCCGAGGUCAUUGACAUCCAGCGCACGCGCGAGAUCCCCGACACCCACAAGGCAGCCGUCAACAACCUCUCCUUCCACCCGCGAUACCCCGUCCUCCUCUCCUCGAGCGUCUCCUCCGUGCUUUACCUGCACCACCUCAACCCGACGGCGCACCCGACGCCGAACCCGAUGCUCACCUCGGUGCAGGCCAAGGGCGUCGACGUCCGCCGCGCAGAGUUCCUCUACCCGUCGGGCGACCAAAUCUUCUUCGCCGGCCGGCGCAAGUUCUUCCACAGCUGGGACCUGCAGACGGGCAACGUGCAAAAGACGUCGCAGAUCCAGGGCCACAGGCUCGAGCACAAGACCAUGGAGCGCUUCAAGCUCAGCCCCUGCGGGCGGUACAUGGGUCUCGUGGCGUCGACGCGCAAGGGUGGCGGCAUCAUCAACAUCAUCAGCACCGAGUCGAGGCAGUGGAUCGCCGCCGCCCGGCUGGACAGCCGGCACGGCAUCGCCGAUUUUGUGUGGUGGAGCAACGGCGAGGGCAUGUCGAUCCUCGGCAGGGAUGGCUCCGUCGGCGAGUAUAGCGUGGCCGAGAAGCGGUUCCUGGCCGUAUGGCACGAUGACGGCUGCGUAGGCGGCAUCGUCAUCGCGCUGGGUGGCCACCAGGGGCCUGAACUCCUCGGCGACGACAGGUGGGUCGCCGUCGGCUCCAGCAGUGGUAUCACCAACAUUUACGACCGCCACACGCUCGUCAAGACGUCGUCCAAGGCCGGCGAGGUCGAUAUCGAGCAGCGUCCCGAGCCGACGCGCACGUUUGAGCAGCUCGUCACGCCCAUCACGGUGUUGACCUUCUCCCCCGACGGCCAGCUGAUGGCAUUCGGCAGCACAGAGUCCAAGGACGCGCUGCGCCUGGUUCAUCUCCCCAGCUGCACCGUCUACAGGAACUGGCCCACGGAACAGACGCCCCUGGGCAGAAUCACGAGCGUUGCGUUUGGGCGGAGCAGCGAGCUCCUUGCGGUUGGUAAUGAUACGGGCAAGAUUAGAAUGUGGGAGAUUAGGAGUUAA